GACCAUUGGCAAAAAAAGGACCCGUAGUAUAAUGUAGAAGGUUGCGGCAGUGUGGCCACCAGUGCUCUGGCUGCCGCUGAGGCAAGGCAGCCAAACAUCUCAUCGAUUGGUUGUGGGUUCGAGCACUGGUAUCUCCUUCUUCUUCUUCUUCCUCAUCAUCAACAAAUAACACACAACUUGGUGGCUCGUGUCUGUAUCUGGAACACGGAUUGAUGGAUAUACAGAUAGAUAGAUAGAUGCAUGCAUGAGCCCAAUCAAAAGAGGUAUUCUAAAAUACCUCCCUUUUCCUACUACUUUUCAUUGUUUACCUUCCCCCCAAAAUCAGAAAGACAUGCUGUAAAGAGAAGGCCAGAGGAAUCUAGCUUCUUGUUCAUCUUCGUUCUGGCAGAGUGCUUUAUUUAUGCUUCAUAGUACAGGAGUUUCAGCAGGGCCGUCCAUGAUAUUUGGAGGUCCUAUUCGAAAAUUUAAAAUGUGGUCCUAAUUUUUUUUUUCCAUAAAUUUAUCAAAAUUAAAAAUUAGUAAAUAAUUGUAAAAAAUACUUAUGUUCAGAAAAAGAUUACAUCAGGAAUAAACGAUCUCAUUUCCAGUUUGACCAAGAAACCAAGACCGAAUUCCCAGCCCUAGUAGGGAGGAAAGUAAAUCCGGAAGGAAGAGAAAAUGAAUAUAUCGCAAAAGUUGAAUGGAGAAAUGAAAAUAGUUUAAAUUGAUCGAGAGGUGGGUGCAGGGUUGUCUACUAGAUCGCGGAGGCCCUAUUUCAAAAUCUAGACAUGGUCCAAAUCGACCUUUAACUAUAAUAAAACUAAAAUGAUUAUAAUAACAUUAUUCAAAAUGUAAUAUCUUUCUAUAUUGUUUAAAUUAAAAUUAUCUAUUAUUUUUCACAUUUUCGCAUUCUCCAUGAGAUCCUUUUCAAUUGUUAUUAUAGCUAAAAUUAUCUAUUAAACACAUCAUCAUACUCAUAAUCAAUUAAUCAUACACUAAAAAUACAACCUACAAUAUACGAUCGGUAACUAACGAAUCUAAAUAGAGGCCCAUAAUAUUCUGAGGCCCUGGCCGGAGGGCGGGCCAACACACCCUCUUGGCCGGCCCUGAGUUUCAGUUUAUGAACCAAAGAGAACAAGGUGUCCAUGAUUUUUCUCUAUCACCAUAGUAGGACUUUCAUUCUUGACGAAGGGAUUCUCAUACAAACAGUGGAAAGAACAGUAUUCGAUCGCCAUUUCAUCAGGAAUAGAAGUAGGAUAAUGGCAAGCAGCUAACAAGUGUCUGAAACAAGCAAGAGGCAUGGACCCUAAACAUAGGAAAACGGUGAAAGUGAAAGGCAUCGACCUUAUAAUUAUGCCCAUGGGGUAUUCUUAGUUCUUGUGCUCAAUCAACAAGCUAGGUUGCAGAGGUUUAUGGUGAUGAGAAUUGGGGUGUUCAAACGGAUUGGUUACCGUGGUAACUAAGGGUGGCUACACGGUCCGGUCCGGUUAAAUUGGCCCAAAUUGAUCCGGUCCAGUCCGGUCUUUUUGAAAAUAUAACCAGUAGCAUUCGGUUAACACUGCUAACCAAUGAAACCAAUUAACCAAUUAAUGAUACACCUAAUAUACAAAAUUAUUUGUACUUCCAUGUAACCAACCAAACCAAACUUUCGUGAUCGCAUAUUUUAUUUCCAUGUUCACAACAAACCAAAACAUUAUGGAUAAAAAAUUAAAUGAGUCCACCUAUAUUUACUAAACCAAAACAUUUUGGACAACUACUAGACUUUAGGAUUACGUACAAUACAAUGACAACCACAUCAAACUAUGUAUAGUUUAAGUGUUUUGUAGGAGAGUUUUAACUUCUUGAUGAGUGCUAUUGGUAUGUAUUUAUGUUAAGGGGUUUGUUGUAAGCUACCUAUAUUAGGUGUAGAGAUGAUGAAUGAUGUAUUAACUCCAAUAAUGAUGAUAAUUAUGGAUGGUUAGUCUUAUUAUGAUUGCUUAUAUAAAAUGAUACUUUAUGUUUGUUUUGUAAUGUUAUGUUAUUUGGUUAAUCCAAUUAUCCGAUUAGCCAAACCAAUUAAACUUUAGUUUGGUUAAUUUGGUUUUCGUGUUAAUUUGGAUGGUUUGGUUAAGACAUUUUAUUCCAGGAUUAAUGAAAUUUAGCCUUAAUAGGUUUGGUUAUUACCUGUUUACACCUAAAAUAUUUUUGGCCUAAAUUCAAUGCCGUAAUAAUGAGUCUCAGCAUUUAAUUCGAUGUCGCAUGAUAAAAAACGACACCGUGAGUAAGAUUCAACACAAACGACAUUGUUUAGGGAAAAACAAUGUCGGAUUCACUCGGCCUGUUGGUGUUGUUAUUGGAAAAGGAAUCUUUUUGUUCAUUCCUUGUCGGAAGAGGAGAGAAACGACACCGCGUAGAGGCUCGAUGGUACCGAGGUGUUGUGAACGACGUUGUUCAGUGAAAAAAUGUCACGAGCCAGGGCUACGAAUUUAUUCGGGUUCGCGAUGCUGCUGUUGGAGUUGGAAAAGGAAGCGCUUUUAUUUUGUCCUUGUCGGAGGAGGGAUCAAACGGUGUCGCGAAACUCAAAGCUCAACGGCAUCGUGAGACUAGGAAACGAUGUCGUUUGGCUAAAAACGACAUCGCAAAUAAACCCAACGACACAGCGGAUUAGAAAAUGAUACCGCGAGAGGCCUUGGUAAGCGAUGCCGUUUGGUUAAAAACUAUACCACAACGGGUUGGAUUUUGGCGAGGGCGGCCCGGCAAGCCCAACGGCAUCGAAGACGAGAAAAUGGUAACGUUUGGUAGAGAACAAUGUUGCGGAAUGAAAAACGACAUUGUUUGAUGGGACCAGGACGAAGCAGUUCAAGGUCGGCAUCGAUUAGUGAAAAGCGAUGCCGCGGAAAGAUUAAACGACGUCGCAGGAGGUAUCAACGACAUCACGGUGUCAUAAACGAUAUCGUUUGAUUAAAAAUGAUAUCGUAGUGGUUAAGAGCUCGGCCAAGGGUGGCCUGCUAAGUCCAACGCCACUGUUAUCCCAAAGCAACAUCGUCAUUGUAGCUUUGUUCCACGUGAGAUUCACGCAGAAUCAAAAUCGAAGCGAUUGAGACAUGUGGGAGUUCAUGAAGGAGCAGUUGAGGAAGCGAUUUCAUGGAGCAUGAAGGCUACGAAGAUGUUUUUCGAAUAGGAGCAGUGGAGCAAGAAGAGAGAGGGACAACAAAAUCAACACAGAAACACAUAUGUCAAACUUUACCUUUUCUCUGUAACUCCUUCGCGGAGCUCUCCUUCCAGGAUGGAUCUCCAUAGUCAUAGUCGUAGCGUAGUCGCGGAGCUCUCCACAGGAAUCUCAAUUGGAGUAGUCGUAACGUAGAUUCCUCAAAAACUCAAACACCCUCGUUCGAAUGUAGUUUGGAGAGGUGGUGAACCGAGUAACGGUUGUCUUGGUUAGAAGUCAAAGGUGCAUCGAUCAGAUCAACAUCGCCAGGCGGUGGAUAUUUGACAGUCACGUUGAUUUCAGCAUUCAGAGGUGCAUCGAUCAAAUCAACAUCGCCCGACGCCCGGCGGUGGAUAUUUGACGGUCGCGUUGAUUUCAACAUUCGGUGGUGCGUUCGAUCAAACGACACCGCAAAAGUUUUUGUCGCGAAACAUCAAAUCAACCUCGCCGAAAACAAAUUCGGCACCGGCGGUGGUAUUUGGUUUUCUGGGGAAACAUUAUCACGGUAACCAUUUGAACACCCCUAAAUGAGGCUAUAAGUUGUUUUCCCUCUCUUCUCUCUGCAGUGCAUGCUUAAGAGGGUAUUUAGAAAAUGAAAAUAGGAUAUAUGAUACGAUUUGGUUCGAUUCAGAUUACGCUAUAAUUUUGUUUUCUUUGAUAUUCAGAAAGUUCAUGUAACCAGAAACAAAUAUGAAGUAUAUUUGAUCUUUGCUCAAUUAUUCUCCGCCAUAUUUAAAGAGGUUCUCCCUUGGGACAUACUCAAUUGGGAUUUUCAUGCCCUCCCCGCAAAGCAAGAAAGGGCUUUUUAGUCUUCUCCUCUCCCCAAUUUCGGUGCAUGAACUACUAUCGGCGUUAUGGCCAUGUCACUUGGGCUUUCGUUUUUUCUUCUUCCGGUGAAUUUUGGGCUUUCUCCCGCAAUCCACUAAAAUUGUGGAAUACUUUUUUAUAUCAUAGUUAGACGAAAUAGUAGACAAAUAUGUUUACAAUAAGUUAAAGUAACGACAGUCGAUACUAAUCGAUCUGUCAAUAAAAGAACCUUUUAUGCUCUGUUUAUAGAACCGGACCGGAGGCUGAACCGGAAAAGUUAGUGGUAUAGGGUUUAGUGGUUAACCGUUACAAAACUGUUAGUGAACCGUUGAUAGAACCGUUCAUGAUAUAUAACAUAUAAGACUUGUAUAUUACACUAAUUUAAGAAUGAAAUUAUCAUUGUCCAUAAACAAGUUCAAAUUCAUAUCAUCACCAAAAUAUCUAAUAAAUCAUUCCAACCAUCUCACAAAAGAAACCACAUUUUUUUAAUUCAAAUUAAAAAUUACGGUCUCUAUCGGCCGUUGUUCCGGUUCGGUUCUUAUAGCAAUGCUUUUAUGCCACUAACAAAUUGUAGAAUUUUAUAAAUCAAGUUUUAUUUCCUUCUAAAUUGUGAUAUGGGAUUUGUGUGCUGCGUACUGUUAACCCAGAUAUGAGAUUUAUGUGCUGCAUUUUUACAUAAUACCUAAUAGUAGCUCAGGCUAUAUGACUUGGGUAUAUCCCUUGCAUUGUUAUUCCAUAAUCAUACUAUGGGCAUACCAGUUGGGCUUUUAGUUAGGAAUGGUAAUGGGUCGGGUCGGGUCGGAAGUAGAUAGUGCAUAUCCAUUUCCUAUCCAAAGUAGUUCGAAUUUUAUCCAUACACAUAUCCACAUAAGAAUCAGGUAGAAAAUCAAAUACAUGUACAUACCCAUUCGGGUUUUGGAUAUCCACAAUUAUCCACGGAUAAUAAGUUCACUUUAUAAGUCCUACCAACAUGUUAACGUUUACGCAUAUACUCACAUUACAUUAGUGAAAAAGUACGACAAUUAUUCACUAGAAUGAAGAAUAUUAAUUCAAACAACACAAUUUCUUGAAAAUUUUAUAUUUGUAUGCUACAUAUAAAGUAGUUGAGAAAAAUAAUGAUCAUUUCUACACAAAAUACAUAUCAUGUGUAUAAUGGGGCGAGUUCGGGUUGGAUAGUGAGAAAAUCAUGGUACCCCUUACCCGCAACAUUCAAUUUCGAAUUACCCGUACCCAAUGAAAUCCUUUGGAUUCGAGUUUUAUACUACCCGAUUAGGUCAGAUUUAGACGAAUAUUUAUGGUUGCUUAUAUUUUUUCCAUCCCUACUUUUCGUUUUAUUUCUUCUGCUGCCGUCCAAGUUUAGUCUACAUCUACAUCCUCCUAUAAUAUAUAGCCGUUCUCGGCAGUUUUUCUCCAUUUUGAAAUCCCUAGCUUCUCCUUCAUUCUCGCUAAGGGCAAUUGUGGAAACUACAUGUCGCUGCUGGAUCUCCUUAUUUUAUUACUGGGAAAAAGCUUCUAUGUAUCAGCUUUGUGCGGGAGUACUUCUCUUCUCGUCUUGCUCGGGGUGGUUAUUUCUUCCAGCGGAUGAACUCCUUCUCCCUGCAUUCUGACAAACAUUCACCAAAGGAAAAGGUCCCGCCGUCCACCAUCGUUGUUCCGCCAUAACCACCAUCGAGGGCCCGAGUUCCAUUCGGUCGACGUAUGUCCAGAGAGUCUGCCAAUUUUGUUCGCAGUCGCCGCCCUAGCUGCUUGCUCUCCGAAUCGUUUCACAGCUAUGGCACGAUCUCUAUACUUCCACCAUCGUGCCUCCGGGUUCCAUUCCGUUGCCGUCUGUCCAGAGAUUCCUCACCGAUAAUUACCGUCACCACCAGGUCUCCUCAAUCGACCGCCGUUCGCCCAUUCCCUGGUUUCACCCACAUCGAUUCCCAGUUCUCUUCGAGGGCGCCCUUGAAAUUGGUGGGUUCAUCUUUGCUUAUCGUCCUUCCUUCAUCUUGCAAUUAGAAUCAAUUGAAAGUUUGGGUCUUAUCUUAUCUAUUUCAUUUACUAGUGAUGGCAUUCCUGUAACUAUGCCUUUUGCUGUGUCUGGGAAUUUUUUCCAUCUUCGUCUACGCUUAGGGGCGGUUUUUCCACAUCUUCUGAAACCUCCAUCAUUUUCUUUCCUUCUUCCCUUUGUGUGUGAGUUUUCCUGGUCGAUUUUGUUUUGUUUUUGGAAUUGCCUUGGUUGCUUUUUCUCUUCUUCUGUAAACUGCACACAACAGUAAAAUUCAUAGCAAGCUGCACUAUACGCAACUCAUCUCUCCUACUUUGACGGAGAUAACAAUUUGCAGAAUCCAAUAAGGUAGGGUAUUGGGG